AUGUUGUCAAACAUGGUCAACCGGUUCGCUUCGGCAUUUGCUAUUCUUGCAUUCUUCUUCUCCCUUGUCAACGCUCUCCCUCACGAGUCCCGCAAUGUCCUCGAAGCACGCCAAACAAAAAACCUGAGGAUCCUACCCCUAGGCGACUCCAUUACUUGGGGCUUCAUCAACGGUGGGGGAUCGAACGGUUACCGUGAACGCCUGCUCAGCGACCUGAAGUCCUCCGGCUACACCGUUGACUUUGUCGGCAGCCAAAAGUCCGGAACGAUGGCAGACAAGGACAACGAGGGCCACUCUGGCUUCACCAUCAGUCAGAUCCGAAACGUUGCUUCCGCUGGGUUAGCAUCUCGCCCAAACGUCGUGUUGCUGCAUGCCGGAACCAACGACCUGAACCGAGGAAACCCUGCUUCAGAACCGGACUCAGAUGCGCCUAGGAGAUUGGGACUCUUACUGGACGAUGUUCUGAAGGCGGUCCCCAACGCUGUUGUUAUUGUGGCCAAGAUCAUUCCGUCAAGGCAGUCAGGUCUCAAUGCGAACAUCAAGACCUUCAACAACGCGUUACCGGCUAUCGUUGCGGCCCGCGUUAGCAAGGGAUCAAAGGUAUCGAUUGUCGAUAUGAACGUCCUCAAUACGAGCUCGGAGUUGAGCGAUAACCUGCACCCGAACGCUGCUGGAUACUCGCGCAUGGGUAGUAUCUGGAAUGCUGGUAUCAAGGCUGUUGCCGGUUCUAUCCCGGCGCCUGCCUGA